AGGUACCGUAACUACUUGAUCAUCUACAUCACUCCUUUACUGAUACUUCCUCUGCCAUUGUACUUCAAGUCACCGAUUGCAAAUUGUGGCUUUGUUAUCAUACUGAUGGCACUGUACUGGUGUACGGAGUGUAUACCGCUGGCAGUCACUGCACUGUUGCCAGUCAUACUUUUCCCAUUUCUGGGCAUCAUGAAGGCCGAAGAGGUGUGUCUGUUGUACUUGAAAGACACCAACAUGCUGUUCAUUGGUGGUUUGCUGGUCGCUGUAGCGGUAGAACACUGGAACUUACACAAGCGUAUCGCCCUGGGUGUCCUGCUGUUAGUGGGCGUUCGACCUGCUCUGUUGAUGUUAGGCUUCAUGCUUGUAACAGCUUUCCUCUCAAUGUGGAUCAGCAACACUGCUACUACCGCCAUGAUGCUGCCCAUAGCCCAGGCCGUCCUGGACCAGCUCAGUAAAACGGAGGCUGAGAGAGAUGACAGAGAGCUGAGGAAUGGCAGAGACAACCAGGCUUUUGAGAUGGCUGAAGUCACUAACACCAAAUAUCCAUUCAACCCCGAAAAUCCAAAGCAGAAAAGGAAGGCUCGGGAACAGAAGUACCUCUGGCUGAAUAAAGGGAUGAGCUUGUGUGUGUGCUACUCGGCCAGCAUCGGGGGCACUGCCACCCUUACAGGCACCACGCCAAACCUUAUCCUCAAAGGCCAGAUGGACAGCCUCUUCAAAGACAACCCGAAUGUGAUCAACUUCGCCAGCUGGUUUGGGUUUGCGUUUCCCAACAUGUUGCUGAUGUUGUUUUUGGCCUGGCUGUGGCUGCAGUUCAUGUAUUUGGGUCUGAAUUUUAGGAAGACCUUUGGCUGUGGGUCAAAUAACGCCGGUGACCAGGAGGCCUACGGAGUCAUGAAGGAGGAGUAUGGUAAACUGGGCAGUAUGAAAUUUGCUGAAGGUGCUGUGCUUACAGUUUUUAUUUCGUUGGUGGUUCUGUGGUUCAGCAGGGAGCCAGGAUUCAUGCCGGGCUGGGCCUCUUCCCUGAACAAAAAUCAAACGUACGUUACUGACGGCACUGUCGCCAUUCUUGUAUCCACUCUGUUGUUCCUCAUCCCAUCUCAAAUACCAUGGUGUGGUAGAGAAAACACAGUACAGCUGAGACCGAAGAAGCCCAAGGCUCCCCCAGCUCUGCUUGAAUGGCAGGUGGUGCAUGAACGGAUGCCCUGGAACAUUAUCCUGCUCCUGGGAGGUGGAUAUGCCUUGGCUACUGGCAGUGAGGUGUCCGGACUGUCAGAAUGGCUGGGUAGCAGUCUUUCGCCCCUUAAGAACAUCCCGGCAUAUGCCAUCUCGCUACUGCUCUGUCUGUUGGUGGGAACGUUCACAGAGUGCUCCAGCAACACGGCUACAACAACACUCUUCCUUCCCAUUCUCGCUUCUAUGGCCACAACUAUAGAGGUCCAUCCCCUGUAUGUCAUGCUGCCCUGCACCAUCAGUGCCUCCUUGGCCUUCAUGCUGCCAGUGGCCACUCCACCCAAUGCCAUUGCUUUCUCAUACGGCACCCUCAAAGUCAUCGACAUGGCAAAGGCUGGCGCCAUGCUAAAUAUAAUUGGCAUCCUGUGCAUCAACUUGGCAAUUAAUACAUGGGGAGUACCCAUGUUCAAGCUCAACGUCUUCCCCUCAUGGGCCAACACUACAAGUAGAACACCAUGA